GCGUCUUUCCCAACCCUCCCAAAGCUCUAUAGCAGAUUGCCCUUACAAAUACUACUUAAUUUCGUUUUUGCCACAAGCCAACGGAACCUCAGGAACGCCUUCAGAUUCCAAAACCGCCACUGCACCACACCAUUUACUCCCCCCCCCUAUAAAGUCCCUCCAUUUUCGCUCUCUAAGCACACAAAGCAAGUUUCAAAAAAUUCCUACUUCGGCCCCUAAAAUAUCAAAGUUCCCAUUUUACAACCCCAUACUUCUCUUCCACCUCCACUGAGCAAGUGAGUUCCAUCAUCCAUGGACACCAAGAUCGGAUCCAUCAACACGACCAAGCCGGCGCAUGGUGAGGUCGGCAGCCCCCCGAACGGCGCAGUUUCAACCAUCCAGAACUAUGUUUCCGCCUUCGGCCCCUCCGACGCCACCCUUGGCCGCCACGUGGCACGGCGUCUGGUCCAGGUCGGCGUCACCGACGUCUUCUCCGUCCCCGGCGACUUCAACCUGACGCUGCUCGACCACUUGAUCGCGGAGCCGGAGCUCAAUCUAAUCGGCUGCUGCAACGAGCUCAACGCCGGUUACGCCGCUGACGGCUACGCGAGGAAUCGCGGCGUCGGAGCCUGCGUCGUGACCUUCACCGUUGGCGGACUCAGCGUCCUCAACGCGAUCGCUGGCGCGUACAGUGAGAAUCUUCCGGUGAUCUGUAUCGUCGGAGGUCCCAACUCGAACGAUUAUGGCACCAACAGGAUUCUUCAUCACACCAUUGGUUUGCCUAAUUUCAGCCAAGAGCUCAGGUGCUUCCGAACUGUCACUUGCUAUCAGGCAAUGGUGACGAACUUGGAGGACGCACACGAACAGAUAGACAGGGCGAUAUCGACGGCACUGAAGGAGAGCAAACCUGUCUACAUCAGCAUCAGCUGUAACUUGGCCGGAAUUCCUCAUCGCACUUUUAGCCGCGACCCCGUCCCCUUUUCCCUCUCGCCCAAAUUGAGCAACAAGAUGGGUCUCGAAGCUGCGGUGGAUGCAACCCUUGAGUUUCUGAACAAGGCCGUCAAACCCGUCAUGGUGGGUGGCCCCAAUCUGCGAGUGGCUAAGGCCACCGAUGCCUUUGUUGAUAUGGCUGAUGCGUCAGGGUAUGCCCUGGCCGUGAUGCCCUCUGCUAAGGGCCUUGUCCCUGAGCAUCAUCCUCACUUCAUUGGAACCUACUGGGGAGCUGUGAGCACACCCUUCUGCUCAGAGAUCGUUGAAUCUGCAGACGCCUAUAUAUUCGUUGGCCCGAUCUUCAACGACUACAGCUCGGUCGGGUACUCUCUCCUCCUCAAGCAGGAGAAGGCGAUCAUUGUCCAACCGGACCGUGUCACUAUAGCGAAUGGACCGGCUUUCGGGUGCAUUCUGAUGAGCGAUUUCCUGAGGGAGCUUGCGAAACGGAUCAAGAGGAACGCAACGGCGUAUGAAAAUUACUGUAGGAUAUUUGUGCCUGAAGGGAAGCCGUUGAAGUGCCAUCCGAAAGAGCCAUUGACGGUUAACAUCAUGUUCCAACACAUUCAGCAGAUGUUGUCUAGCGAAACCGCUGUGAUCGCUGAGACCGGAGAUUCUUGGUUCAAUUGCCAAAAGCUGAAGCUACCAAAGGGAUGCGGGUACGAGUUCCAGAUGCAAUACGGGUCGAUCGGAUGGUCGGUGGGUGCUACUCUCGGGUACGCCCAGGCUUCUCCGGAGAAACGAGUAUUGGCUUUCAUCGGAGACGGGAGUUUCCAGGUGACGGCUCAGGACAUAUCGACGAUGCUCAGAAACGGGCAGAAGAGCAUCAUCUUCCUUAUAAACAACGGCGGUUACACCAUUGAAGUGGAGAUUCACGACGGCCCUUACAACGUGAUCAAGAACUGGAACUACACUGGUCUCGUGGACGCCAUACACAACGGCGAAGGCAAAUGCUGGACGGCCAAGGUAAGAUGCGAAGAAGAGCUGGUGGAGGCGAUUGAGACAGCGACAUGCCAGAAGAAAGACAGCUUGUGUUUCAUAGAAGUGAUAGUUCACAAGGACGACACAAGCAAAGAGCUGCUCCAGUGGGGUUCUCGUGUCUCCGCCGCCAACAGCCGUCCCCCUAAUCCUCAGUAGACAACUUUUCUCCUGCUUAGAAAUCCUAAUGAUUUCUGCACGUUGGAAUCUGGUCAGAGAAAAUUGGCAAGAUCUCUCAACAAGAAGAACAAAACAGAGGAAGCCUUGGAAUAGAUUAGAAGGUUCAAGAACAGGUCGACUGAGUAAAGGGCAUUUUGGUCUUUUUAUUGUAAGUUGGUUAAUUUUUUUUUUAUAUGAAAAAACAAACUCAAACGAAGUUGGUUAAAUUCGUUUGAGAUUGUUUUUUUUUUGUUUAAAAAAAGACCCGAGGCCAUUGUUCAUCUUCAAUCUGGUUUUUCCUUUGGAAAACUCUGUAACGCAUAACCUAGUGAAAUUCAACACACAUGCACAUGUAAAAAAUCAGAUAUUGAUUUAUGUAACUAAAAUCCAAUGUUAU